AUGCGACCGCCUUCCUUCUCUGGUGCUGAAGGACCCCUAGCAGCGAAGGAGUUCCAAAAGGUCACUGAGACUAUUCUCACGGUGACCCAUAUUGUCCUUGCUGAAUGGGUGGAUCUCAUGGAUAUUCAGCUCAUCGAUACCGCUCGGAUAUGGUGGGCAGCUGAGAAGACUCAUCUGGAGAGGCUAAUCCUGUGGGAGACGUUCAUAGAGCGAUUCAACAAAAAUUAUUUUCCUCAGUCAGCUCGGGACAAACUCCUGCAUAGGUUCGUUGAGCUCAAGCAGGGAGGCCGAUUAGUUGAUGAGUAUGAGGCCGAGUUCUCUUCCCUGAGUCGAUAUGCUCCCCAUCUGGUUACAUACCCUACUAUUAGGAGGCAUCAGUUUCAGAAGGGUCUAGAUAAGUAUAUCAGGUUUGCUCUAGCUGGUAGAGCACUUGCGACGCACGAUGCAGUAUUGGAUGCAGCAUGUGAGAUUGAGAGCGUGCAAAGGAACCUGAAGACCCACAUGUGA